AUGCGAACAAAACGAACGAAACAGUAUAAACGUCUUAUGGCUUUAUAUUCCUUCUCCUUUGGCUUCAGAGAACCUUAUCAAAUUCUAGUGGACGGUGAUUUUAUGUAUACCGCGCUAAAGUUUAAAAUGGAUAUUUGCAAACAGCUACGUACAGUAUUGCUUGGAAAUACAAAGCAAAUGUAUACUUCUUGCACCUUGGCAGAAGUAAGAAAGAGAGGUGAAGGGUGGAGUGAGACGGAAAUGGCUUUGGAGCAAUUCGAACGACGUGGUUGUUCGCAUAAGAAAAGACUUGUUUCGAGUACAGAAUGUUUAGCUUCGAUUAUAGCAAGCGAUAAUCCUCAUAAUUAUUGCGUUGCUACUCAAAAUGAAUCACUUCGUGAGCUAUUUAGAACCGUCCCUGGUGUUCCAUUAUUAUAUAUAAAUAGAUCUGUUUUAAUAGUUGAGCCACCUUCUGGGAUCACUCUGGAAAAAGUAAAACAGAUUGAAGUUGAAAAAACUCGAGCACCUCACGAUGAGAUUAAAUUUUUAAAAAAAGCAAAUUCCAGCACAAUCAAUAAAAACAAUGGUGAACAUGCUAAAAAACAAAAGAAACGUAAAGGCCCUAAAGAACCUAACCCUUUGAGUCGCAAGAAAAAAAAAAGUGAUUCUUCGUCUGCACUCGGUGAUACUCAAAAAAGCGUAAAAAGCAAAACAUAUACGAAAGAAAAGAAUACAAAUAGCAUCAAAAGAAAACACGAUGAAUUAUCUGAUGAUAUAAAUAAUCCGAUUCCACUGAAAUUGCAGAUCAAAGAUGGAAAAACCAACAAGAAUAGUGAUCAUAUUGAUA